AAAAUUGAAUCCAUUUUCCGCUCAAUUAAGGAAAAAACCUGUACACACACACUCUCUCUCUCUCUCUCUCUCUCUCUAACACGACGACUUCAAUGGCUGACCCAUCCUCGUCACCAUCUCCUCCGAACCCUAACCUCCUGCUCCCUCCGUGCUCACCUCGUCAACCCUUACCGCCACCGCCACCGCCACCGCCUUCGCCUCCGCCGCCCGGCUCCGAGCCGCCGCAGCCCCGAUUCCUCUUCUCGUUCCCGAAGAGGCCGGCCCUCCGGGUCACCUCCGAGUACGACAGCGAGAGCACCGUCUUCCUCCACAAGGUCUCCUGCAAGCUCCUCGACGGCCUCGCCAAGCUCAAGCUCUCCUUCCGCAAUGACAAGAAGGGCGAGAUCGCCGAGCCUCGGCUGGCGUUCGUCUCCAAGCACCUCUCCAUACACUACGACGUCGAGGAGCAGAACACGCUCAUCACGUCGGCGUUCGACGUCGGCCCGAGGUUGCAUCUCAAAGCCGAGCACGAUGUCAAGGCACAACAAGGAGAGAUGUCACUGGUUGCGGACCUUGCCGAUCCCAGCUAUGCGCUUCAACUGUCAUCUCCUGUACCCACUGUGGGACUGCCCAGGGCAACUCUAAAGUUCCCCCUUGGUGAAGUUUCACUGGAAGAAAGAGAAGAGGAGGAAGUGAAGAGAACUUUGUCAGUAAAUGGGAUUCUUAAAACUCAAAUCUGGAAUGGAGUGUGCACUGCCCAAUAUGCAGAUGAAGAACUGAAACUAAGAUACAAUUUUAAGGAUGAGGAGAUGUCAUUUAUCCCAACAAUUGUACUGCCUUCAAAUGCUUUCUCGGUUGCGCUCAAGCGUAGAUUUAGUCCUUCUAGCAAGUUGAGCUACUUGUACAAUUUCGAUACCAAUUACUGGAGUGCAGUGUACAAGCAAACUUAUGGCAAGGAUUUCAAGUUUAAGGCUGGGUAUGAUUCGGAGGUCCGCCUAGGUUGGGCAUCUCUUUGGGUUGGAGAUGAAGACGGCAAAGCGAAGGCAGCGCCGAUGAAGAUGAAAGUUCAGUUCAUGCUCCAAGUGCCACAAGACGACAUUAACUCAUCACUCUUGAUGUUCCGUGUUAAAAAGAGGUGGGAUAUAUGAUCAACCGUGUUGGACGAGAGGGUGUCAUUAGCAUGAGAAUGUGUCACUACCAUGCGUGCUCUGCAAGGUAGUGCCCCCUUAUGUAUCACCUGCUGUCAUGUCAAUAUUUCCUACAUGAAAGAGAUUUACUGUUAUCCAGUCUCUUGUAUCUCACAUCAAAUUGGCCAUCCGUUGAAAAAAAUCUGGUAUUUGCAGCAAUUUAAUCAUUUAAAGCGUCCUCCGUAGGCGAUGAUUGAUAAA